ACGGAGCGAAACCCCCCGAAAUCGAAAGCAGAGCACCCUCGCCCACCUGCUGCCCCCCACCCCGCCUCGCCAGUCGCCGCCCAUCGCCGGCGGGCCCCCUUCGCCGGAUCUCCUCGGCCGCGCGGAACGACCUCGCGCGCGUCCGAGAUGAGGUUCCUCCCCCAACUUUUCGCCGCUGUUUUUGCUGUGGUGAUGUCAGACUCAGAGAUGACAGUGCAAAACCCGAGCAAGGCCCCCAGGUGGAUCUGAAAACUGGCACAAAAUGGACAACCCACUGAACCUCCCUCCUGGUUCAGUGCGGUCAAACUUCGGCUCGGCCUUCUACGCCCGCAAGCCAGGAAGUGCUCCAACAGCGGCAUCGCUCUCCCACGCGCUGCCACUGUGGCCUCCGGUGCCAUGGCCUACACUAAUGGUUGGAAAGCACCACAUGCCGUUCCCUACUCAACCCGCAGCUAAGAAGCUGCAGGUGCGGCGGCUUUCACCUGUGCUGUCGCAAGAUUUACCAUUGCUGGAGGCAUUGCAAGUUGCAGAGCUGCCACCACCAAGGGUACAACUGCGCCCAUUGCAACAGGCACCCCCAGUUCUGAAACAGUCGUUGCCCAAGACGGAGGUGCCGGUGGUGCUGCCAAUGCGUGCAACCUCUGUAGACGUGAGAUGGAAUGCUCGAUAUCCGUGGAAUGAGACAUCAUGCGAAUCCACAGACAGGACAUCAACGAGGAAACAAUGCAAGUGCAAGAACUCGAAAUGUCUGAAAAAGUAUUGUGAGUGUUUUGCAUCAGGUGGAUACUGCAAUGAUUGCAACUGCAAAAACUGUUAUAAUAAUGUUGGUCAUGAGGCUGCAAGGCAGGAUGCUAUCGAUGCUGCAAUGGAAAGGAAUCCUAUGGCCUUUAUGCCCAAAAUUGGGAACAUCCCUCCACAUGCAGCCCAGAACCGCGAGUUUAAAGUAGCAGAAGGCCCUCUUGUGGGUAAGCACAUGAAGGGGUGCCACUGCAAGAGAUCCGAGUGCCUGAAGAGAUACUGUGAGUGCUUUCGAUCUAAUAUCCUCUGUUCAGAGAACUGCAAAUGUAUGGAUUGCAAGAACUAUGAGAGCAAUGAAGAUAGGAAAGCAAUACGCCGUAUCACCCGGCACCAGCAGCACCUUGUCUAUGCACAUCAUAUGCAGAAUCCUGCUGCAAUGGGUAUUACUGGACCAUAUGCGGCUCUUUCUCCUGCAGCAGAAAAGCUCUCCAAUCUUGCAGUGGCUUCUUCAGGCAGAGAUCAGCUCAUCAGCAACAAUGAUUCUUCACAAGUGACUUCGUCUUUGCUCACUCCUGUUCCUAGAGAAGGCACUAAAAGUGCCGUCAAAGUCGAACCGCAUGGAGUUGCUUACAGGCCACUUUUAGCUGAUGUUAUCCAGAUAGAGAAUGUCAAUGAGCUCUGUAAAGUAUUGCUUCUAGUAUCAAGGCAAGCUGCUGGAGCAUCCAUAGGUGUUAAGGAGAACACUAACGGAAGAAAAUUAGAUCGAGCUGAUAGUUGCCUUUCUUCCAUAAACCAUGAGACGGAAGCAGUUGAGAAACAGCGCGAUGAACAAGCUUGCUCAACAGAAAACAGUUUAACCGCAGUUCCUGUUUCUGAAGUAAGGUCAGGAACGCCAAGAUCCGACCCUUCUGAUACAUGGAAGUAUGGCAGAAGACCGGUGUCCCCUGAAACCCAGAAACUGAUGUGUAACGAGCAAGAUCGACUUUUCCUGACACCAAGCGUUGCAGCUGUAAUUCCCUCGGCCACCAAACAGAGACUGCCAGACACUUACAAAGAGCAAGAGAAGCGUAUUCUUAAAACCUUGCAUGACUACCUUGGUGAGCUUGUGAACUGCGGAAGGCUUCAUGAAGAGAAGAUCUCUUCGAUGUCAUCGAAGUUCUUCCACGAGCGAACCUCUGUCGGCAGCAGCUGCGGUUCGUCCAUAUCGAGGGUCGCAGAGGUUGCUAGGGUUGGACAAACAAUCAGGCAGGCGCUCCAUUCUCCAGCAAGUGUCAAGUCACCAGGUCUGUAGGCGAUUCGAGAAGUGGGAUGAGCACCAUGAGCAUUACAUUGCCCGCGCAAAAUGGCCGCCGACAAUGGCAUAUAGCAAACCUAGGGUGCUAACCUAGAGAACCUGAUGGGUGGAUUUCAGGAUUUGGUUUGAGCAUGACUCAAUCCUUAGAUGCUAACCUUCUCCGAGUAUUAUCACUCAUCCCUUUUGUACUAGACACAUGAAUUGCCUUACCAAUUGAAGUUUCGCGUA